CAGCUGCGCGUGUGGCAGCCCGAAUUAUCAAUGGCCCUCUUUUGUGAAAAAUGAAUCUGAGAAGAAGCCUGAAAAGUCACCCUAGAAAUUAUCUUAUGUUCAAUUUAUAGUUCAAACUCACUCGCGUGAUGCCCAGUGAAUGCAAUAGUGCUGAAUUUGCGUGAAAUUGUGCGUGUUCAGAGGUCGUGCGGAGGGAUUAGAGCGAAUUUUCACUCCACGCCUUUCUUUUGUCUUUCACGGAAAAGUCCUCCUCUUCCACCCACCCUCCCCCUCACACAGCGACUUCAUUCUUCCCGUGGGCGACGAGGCCACACAUCCAGAGUUGAUUCCCCCGCACGCCUGUCCCUGAGGAUCUGCUGUGUUACUUUUUGAGAGACAACGUCUGAAUCAGUUUCUUUGUGUUGCAUCACAGAGUGAGGAAAACUGACAAGAAAUUCACGAGUGAAAGUGAAUUUAAAAGUGAAGAGAGAAGAGCCAGAAGGAAGGCAAGGAGACUGAGAAAGAGCGAAUUCCACAAGAGAUUUACGGUUCUGACGAGAGGACAAGACACGGUCUCGCAGGUCAACAAGGCGAAAAUGGCGUCAAGCGCGAGUUGCUGCGGUACAAAGAAGCAAAAGCUGAACCAGCCCAAUAACUACUCCCAUCAGAAUGGACAUGGUUCAACAAAUGGGCACAGCAAUGGGGAGCUCGUGGAGAGUGUCGCAUCUCCAGACAUGUGCUUCUUCUGCUUCGAAGUGCUUUACUGCGAGCUGAACAACAUCGAAGGUCCUGCGGAUCCCCUGUUCACCAAUGAAGCGUUCCCAUUGUUUGUGACCUGGAAGAUCGGACGCGACCGCAGACUUCGCGGUUGUAUAGGAACAUUCAGCGCUAUGCACUUACACUCAGGACUCCGUGAAUAUGCAAUAACAAGUGCUCUCAAGGAUUCGAGAUUUUCGCCAAUUACCCGUGAUGAAUUUCCAAGACUGACCGUUUCCGUAUCAAUUCUUCAGGGAUUCGAAGAGGCUCGAGGAUACUUAGACUGGGUUCUAGGCGUUCACGGUAUCCGGAUAGAGUUCCUGAACGAGCGCGGCUGCAAGCGCACCGCCACGUACUUGCCGCAAGUGGCGACAGAGCAGGGCUGGGAUCAGACGCAGACCAUCGACUCGUUGCUGCGAAAGGGCGGCUUCCGUGCCCAGAUCACCCCCGAGAUUCGGCGCGGCAUCAAGCUGACGCGCUACCGAUCGCAGGAGGUGCACAUGACGUACAACGAGUACCGUGAGAUUCUCGAGAGACAAUCACAGUACGGCAAAAUGCAAUGCUAA